AUUAAUUUCUAUGUUUUCUCUUUAAUAAUUCUUCGUUCUGUAUACAAUUUUGCAGUAUAUUAUAUUUUUGCUAACAAAAAGAUUGUCAAAUUAGCCAGAUAUAGAACAAUGAUCAAAGUCAAGAUUCCGGAUGCUGUAAUGACAAGUGAAAACCCCAAACCAAGUGAAAUAUUUGUGAAAUUAAACACAAGGACCGAAAGUCAUGAGAGAGGCCAUGAAGGUACAGAAUGUGUUGAGAUAGAUGGACAAAAUCCUUCAAAUACUAAGACUCCAAAAAGAGGGAAUGAGAAUCAACCAGCUGAAGACAAUUCAAAACCACAUCUAAGUGAUGCAGUAAUGACAAAUGAAAACCCUAAACAAAGUGAGAUAUUUAUGAAAUUUAACAUGAGGAUUGAAAUUCAUCAUGAGAGGGGCCAUGAAGGUACAGAAUGUGUUGAGGCAGAUGCACAAAAUCCUUCAAAUACUCAGACUACAAAAAGUUUUAACAGAGGGAGUGAGAAUCAAUCAGCUGAAGACAAUUCAAAACCUCAUCACCAAAGUGAAAAUGUUAAUUCUUUAAAAGCAAAAGAAGAGGAAUUGAAGAAGGAAAUUUUUACUCUCUCUACCCUGAUGAAGCAGAGUGCAGAAUGUUGCCUAAGCCUUAAAAAAGAGAACAACAAGUUGCUGAAGGAUUUGAAGAAAAAAUGCAGCAAGGAUGAGAUCUCAAAACUUGAAACCAUGAACCCUGAUGGAAAUUCACAAUCUCUUGAUGACGAGUCCAACUCUUCGAUGGCUAUUCAGAUGAUGAUGAAGGAGAUUCUGAUUCACUCACACCCAUACAAAUGGAAAACCAAUGAACAAAAUUUGUAACUGAAUGUUGUGUGAUGUGUUUGUACUUUCAUAGCCAUUCUAAAUACACUGGACAAGUUAAUUCAUACAAUCUGUACAAGGUUUUAAUUUUGGGUAAAGGGUCAUAUUUGCCCCUCCCUGUACUCCUUAUACUUGUUCUUCGUUAUACGUCUUUGAUAUAUUUAUCCUACCAUCCCUAUUUUAGGCA